AUGGCCAGUAUGAUGCAUAGGCCUCAAUUUCACAAGGCCAGGGACGGCCAGCGCAAGGUCUCGCCUCCCGGUCCAACUUACAUGUCCAAUGAUCAGAUCGGUACGUGUUUACGCUGCUGCGAUGUUGAGUCAGAAGCAUUGUCUGCGCUUUCCGAGGGGGUUGGCCGAGCGGCCGGCUGUGGGUUGACAUGGCAACAUUUAUUAAUUCCUGGCGUAACAGCGACCUAUCUGAAAGAUCUGCGGACGAAUCGUCCUGCCCGCCCCGGCGGAUCCAGGCCGCUUCCUUCGAGAUCAACUGGAUCGUCCUCUGACACUCGGGAGGAUCUCCCUCCACGAGCAGCGUCUGCAAUGUCAUCGUAUGGACAUUCGUAUAUGCACUCGAGCACACCAGCAGCUGAGACCGAGCAUCCUCGGGCCACCAGCUCACUUUCUAACCAUAGGCCAACUUCAUCUCGGGGCACAAUGGGCAGCCCUAUCGGACGACCGUUGGUCCAGGAACCAAGAACAGUCCCCGUACGGCAGCAUAUCUCACCCACUCGAGCCUACAGCCGCGCUCUUCCUACCUCCCCAAGCGCCGCUUAUCGUGAAAGCCCGCAACGGCGUAUAGAGAAGGAAGAGGCAAAGUCUUUGCGAGAUGCCUUACAACAGAUGGACCUGGAGGAUGACGUCGAGCUCCAUGCAGCUGCACAAGAUGAAGCUACCGAGCUGGUGUGGAUGCACCAGAACCCCGGUGUUCCCUAUAAGAACCCAUAUGCACCAUAUCACAAUCCCGAUUUGGACACGCUCCAGAAAAGCCCAGAUAGGAAUAGUCAGUAUUCGCGUGGCGAGAGGCUGGGCUCUCCUACUCCACGACGGGGCAGUCGUCGUCUUGCCUACCAGGGAUCGACUAUAAGCUACAACGGUCCUAGCAGCAUCCAAGAGUCGGACGAAAGCCCGGCACAUGAUGAGCAGGAGUCUGCCAUGGGAAGGGAUAUUCCCAGCCCUAAAAAGAACGGGACUCUACGGAAGAACCUCAAAGUCAACUUUGCGUUGCCGCGGGACGAAGUGUCCGCCACCCAGAAUACCAGCAGCAGCCAUGGGCUGGGCUUGGCGAAUAUCGGUAGAGAUUCAUCCAAAGGCAUCUUUAGGAAUCCAAACGACCAGAUAUACGAAGAGCCUCAGCUUUCGCCUCAGAAGGACGAGAACACUCGGCCGGACUUCUCAAGGUCGGACUCUUCGGCUUUGAGAAAUAAGCCACGCAACGCUCUUCCUCGCGGUUCGCGUCCUCUACCUAGUCGGUUCAGUAGCCUUCCUUUUGUGGACAAGCUGGCUCGCUUCGAACUUCAUAAGAACCCUCCAAGCCAGUCAAGGAAUCCAGAGUAUAGAAUGAACGACCCGCUCCCACAGCCUCCUACGGCAGGCUCUGAGGUUGAGGAGCAAGAAUCCCCUAUGAAGAAUGGCCUAGAAAUCCGCAGCGAUGACAUUCGAGCAGCUACUAGCAAGAAACUCAAAGAUCGGAGCACUCGCCUACCGAUGCCAACCGCUGUGAGUGAUCGUGCUGGUCGGCCGAUCGUGAGUUUCGAUCCGACUUGGAAGCCAACUGAGGCGCAAAGCCCGCGCAACCGAGAUAGCUUCAAGGGAAGGGAUGCAACGCCGGACGUGCCUUCUCCCGAGCCUGCUGCUCCCACUAUUGAGGUAUCCGAGGCACCGUCAAUCCCGGUUAUCAACUUGCCAGACGACAAAGAGCCCACUAUCUCUGAGAUGGCAGGACCAUCCCAGAGCACAAGUACUGGUGGAAAGUCACCGUCAAGCCCACCCAAGAACAACGAAGCUCCCAGGCGAUCCCCGAGAAAGCCCACUGCAGGGUUACAGAGUCGGUGGCUAUCCACCUAUAGCCGCUCUGGCGUUCCCACCGCAACAUGCGAGGCAUGUUCUCUUCCAAUCUCAGGGAAGAUCGUGACCGCUGCGGGUUCACGUUUCCAUCCCGAGUGCUUCGUGUGCCACCAUUGCCAAACUGCCCUGGAGUGUGUUGCAUUCUAUGAGGAACCUGAAGUGAAACGCCAAGAACGUCUCGCGCAGGCUUCCAGCGAUGAUGAAGAAGCCCAUGGACUGAGGUUUUAUUGCCACCUUGAUUUCCAUGAGCUAUUCAGUCCAAGGUGCAAGAGCUGCAAAACCCCGAUAGAGGGAGAAGUGGUCGUUGCUUGUGGAGCUGAGUGGCACGUCGGGCACUUCUUCUGUGCCGAGUGUGGUGAUCCUUUCAACGCAGACACGCCUUUCGUAGAGAAGGAUGGCUUUGCAUGGUGCUUGCAGUGCCACUCCCGUCGCACAGCUCCUCGGUGCCUUGGAUGCAAGAAGCCAGUGCUGGAGGAUGUUGUGAUAAGUGCAGUUGGAGGGCAGUGGCAUGAUGAUUGUUUUGUCUGCCACGAGUGCGGGGACGGCUUUGGUCCCGACGGUCGUUACUUCGUCCGAGAAGGGGAACCGAGAAAGACAGCCAAGGGACGCAUCAUCGGCGGGCCGGUCCAAUUGGCUGUCUGUGAAAGAUGUGAAGGUAUUCGGUUGAAGGCGUCGCCGUGA